AUGGACAUUAGGAUUGCGGGGAAGUACCGGCUCGGGAGGAAGAUCGGCUCGGGGAGCUUUGGCGACAUUUACAUAGGCACCCACCUCCUCACCGGCGAGGAGGUUGGCAUCAAGCUGGAGUCGGUGAAGACCAAGCACCCCCAGCUGCUGUAUGAGUCCCGCCUGUACAAGCUCCUGCAGGGCGGAACUGGGAUCCCUAAUAUACGCUGGUUUGGGAUGGAGGGUGACUACACAGUGAUGGUGAUCGAUCUGCUGGGACCCAGCCUUGAGGAUCUGUUCAACUUUUGCAACCGCAAGUUCAGCCUCAAGACGGUCCUGAUGCUCGCGGAUCAGAUGCUCUCUCGCAUCGAGUUCCUGCACAGCAAGUCGUUCAUCCACCGCGACAUCAAGCCCGACAAUUUCCUGAUGGGGCUGGGGCGCCGUGCAAACCAGGUGUACAUGAUCGACUUUGGGCUGGCCAAGAAGUACCGCGACCCCAAGAGCCACAUCCACAUCCCGUACAGGGAGAACAAGAACCUGACGGGGACGGCGCGGUACGCCUCCAUCAACACGCACCUGGGCAUUGAGCAGUCGCGCCGCGACGACCUCGAGUCCCUGGGCUACGUUCUCAUGUACUUCCUGCGCGGCAUGCUGCCCUGGCAGGGCAUGAAGGCGGCCACCAAGAAGGCCAAGUACGACAAGAUCUCGGACCGCAAGCUGGCCACGCCCACCGAGACGCUGUGCCGCGGCUUCCCCACCGAAUUCCCCGUCUACUUCCAGUACGUGCGCAGCCUGCGCUUCGACGACAAGCCCGACUACUCUUACCUCCGCAAGCUGUUCCGGGACCUGUUUGUGCGCGAAGGCUUCACGUGGGACUACGUCUUCGACUGGACCAUCCUGAAGUACCAGCAGCAGGGCGGUACCCCCUCCAACGGCCGCCCGGUCCCCGCCAGCCAGCUGGCCGGCGUGGCGGGCGCCAACAUGCAGGAUUUCCCCAACGCCGGCGCCAACCAAAUCCCUGAGGCGGGGGCCUCGGGGUACAACAGCGGCUACCCCGCGCGCGGCGCGACUGGCGCCGGCGGCCAGACCGACGAGGCGCGGGACGCCGAGGCGGCCCUGCGCCGCCUGGGCCUGCAGUGA